UAUUUUAGUCACAUUGACAUCUCUAUAUUCGAAAGAUUCCGCCGUAAUUAAAUUGAAUGAUGUGAAUAACGCAGUUGAGUGGAAAUAAAAUUUUCGGGUACUACCACCUAUGGCUGAUGAGUCACGGCGCAUAUCACAUAUUCUUCUCGAAUUACUCUAGAUUCCGUCAUAUUUAUUGCUUACUAUAGUUGACUAAGCUAACGGCAUCUGAUGAAACUAAUUAGCAUUAAGUCUUAAUCAAUUGACGUUUAGCUGGGGCCUUGUUCUGUUCGUCACGAGGAGAAAGUCAAUAUUGUCAUUGGAGUAACUAAUCAAUGUUAGUUUUGUGACGGACACGUCACACGAUCGACGUAUGUAUGUAUACAAUGUACUGCGCAACGUCCAAGUGCGCAUGACCAUCAUCACAAUAAGGCCCCUGGUAAAUGGAAUGUCAAUAAAUUUCGUAUCCUAAUUCUUCUGGAAAACACUGAUGACAAUGCACUGUUCAAUAACCAAAAUUUAUUAAAAUUCCAUAAUUAAUAUCUGAUGCUAAUUAGUUUGAUUUGACGCUGUCAGCUUAGUCAGCUGUGAUAAACAAUAAGAACGAUGAUAAUUGGGAUUAUUCGGGAAGGAUGUGCGCCGUUUCGGUGUUUUACCGUAAAAAAGGUUUAUUAAAAACAAUUAAAUGGUAUUUAAAACCGCAUUAAAUGGUAUUACUAAAUUCACUUCCACACGAUUUCUGAAUGCCAUUUAAUUAUUUUUAAAAUUUUUUUAAUGAACCUUUUUUAGGAGGUUUAGAAGUCAUAACCCAAAACAUUUUUUAUUUUUAAUUACUUAAAUCAUAGAUUUAUCUCCGAUUUUAUUUUAGGUGCCGUUAGUCAAUCUCACGAACUAACGAUUAGUCUGAAUUAUUUUUUUAAGCAAAUUUUUUUCGAUAUUAUCUGAUAUUGGGCUACAUUCCAACUUCAACACUGUAGCAUCCAAGAUAUAUUUAAUUUUUUUCAGAAACAUUUUCGAGGACGAACUAACAAAUGGUUGCGAAGAAAGUUAUUGCUUUUUUGAUGAACUAUCUAAUAAUAUAAUUAGUUUAUUGAUUAUCUUGAAAAAGCUAAUUUUGGGUGCUAUUUUUUAAGACCUAGAUUUAGACCAUAAGGCGUGGUCUCCAAGCUUUAUGCUCAUAAAGCAGUUACAAAAGAAAGUUAGAAGCUGAGUUAGAAGCUUGCUGCGUUCCAUAUACUAGUUUGUUGUUACUUUCAUUACAAAGCUAUAUGUCAAAUAAAAAAAUGAAUACAUUAGCAGUUACGAAGUAUAAUUUUUAUUAUACUCAUUAUCCAACAUUUGCCAGUGGUUUAAAAAUCGAUUUAAAACAACAGACGAUCCGAGAACCAGCAGAAAAUUUUGAUUUGGAAUUAACCUCCAAAGUAGAUACUUCAAAGAUCGCAUUUUAUUCUGAUUGCAAAGCAAUCACAACAUACAAUUAUUAUCUUACAUUAAAAUUUUAUAAUUAUUUGCACGACUUUUGCAAUAAAUACUGUUACGAGGUAAUUGUGAAAGCAUUGAUCUUUGUUGAUGGACAUCGUGAAGAACAAACGUUAUUUUGGAUAGCAAAGAAUAGAAUAAGUGAUAAAAUACAGUUUAAAGGAACUUAUGUGUUGAAUUUAUCAACUGUAAAUAAUUAUAAUUUGUAUAUACGCAGAUACAAAGGUGCAGAACCCAUACAAAAUGCGAUCACGCUAGAAGAUAGUGUAGGCUCUAUGCUUUUGAAUACAGGUGCUUACAGCGACAUUGUAUUAAAAGUAGGGGAUACAAUAUUACACGCACACAAAAUGGUGUUGUCCCAAAAGUCUGAAGUAUUUAAAAGAAUGUUUGCACAUCAAAUGACUGAAUCGGAAAAUGGCGUCGUUAAAAUCGAUAACUUAGAUGUGGAAGUUGUUGAAGAAAUGUUAUCAUAUAUUUAUACUGGAAGAGCUGACAACGUUGCCGAAAUGCCACAGAAACUUUUUGAAGCCGCUCAUAGGUAUGAGUUAAGCGAGCUGCAGGAUCUGUGCGAAGAGUAUAUUUUAUUCAGCUUCAAUGAUCAAAAUGUGAUGGAAAUUCUUGAAAUAGCAAACCUUUAUGAUUUGACAGCUUUACGCACAGGAAUCAUAACCUUUGUAGAAAAAGGCGAGAAGAAAUUAAUUCUAGAUCCGGAUUUUCAAAACUUUCUGUGCAGAAGUUUAAAAAUUAAUAACGCCGUAGAAACACUUUUGCUCAUCCAUCGGUAUAAAGAGAUACUGAAAGAUAUCGAGAAAGAAACAUUUAAAUUUAUCAAAGAACAUGAUGAACAGAUGAUGAAGAGAGUGGAAUUUAUAAAACUUUUUGAGUCGCACCCAAAUUUGAUUAAACAAAUUUUUAUUUAUAUUUACGAGAUAAAAACCUUAUCAAAAUUAUCCAAGAGUUCAUCCAACGGUUCAUCCUCCAGCAAUUCAUUCGAUUAGAUUUUUUAUGUAAGAGAUUUAUGUUUUUAUGUUUUUUUUUAUAUGUAAUUGAAUGUUUGAAUAAUUGUAAUCAUUAGAACUAAUUCGACAUCAGGAUUUAAACAAAAAUGAUAAAGUUUGUAAUCUGAUAAUCCUGUAAUUAACUGUGUGCAAAGGAAUAUUGUAU